AGAGAGAGUGAGUAGGGACGUGGUGAGACACUACUAAGCUCGGACUGAGUCUGCCUCCCUCUCCCCCACCUUGUCCUGACAGGACAAACUGCAGAAUGUUGGAGGAUGUUGCGCUAAUGGCUGCGAUCACCAUAUUGGGUGUCCUACAGCAAGCAUACUUCUCACUUCAAGUGAUAUAUGCAAGGAGAAGAUUUCACGUUUCACCACCGGCUGUCAGUGGUAAUGAGGACUUCGAGCGUGUAUACAGAGCACAUCUUAAUUCCUCUGAAUAUUUUCCAAUGUUCCUGAGUACACUGUGGAUUGCUGGCGUCUUCUUCAGUCAGGCUCUGGCAUUUUGUAUUGGAGUUCUGUAUUUGUAUGGCAGGCACAAGUACUUCAAAGGAUACUCUGAAUCAGCCCUAAAAAGGUUACGUCCAAUGUAUUUCAGUGCGGCUAUGCUCUGGGUUCUGAUAGGCUUAGCCUCAAUUGGAGUCGUCAAUCAGUUAUCCUCUCAGUAUCUUGGUUAUAAUCCCAUGACUGCUGCAAGGAGCUACGUUGAACUGUGAAAGAUUUUUGGUUGACAGCUUCCAUCUUAAGCAUUGCUGGUCAGAAGACAUGAUAACCCAAAUUUGAAAACCAAACUAACAAUAUUUAUUUAUUUUUAUAUCUUAUUUUGGUCUUAACUGUUGAGGCCGAGGCCAUGCAGUUAAAUCUCUCCAAGUUUUAAUGACCAGUUAUUUUGUGGAAUUUUAUCAAUGCUUUUGGUCAUUGAUCUCUAGGGAGCCUUGCCUUCAAAAGGUGUUUUGAUGAUUUAAGUAAUUGUGACACUGAUACAUUUGCUGCUUUCCUCAAAAGUGCACCAUCCCUAUUAGCAUCUGUACAAUUGAAAUAACAGGCUCUAAUUGCAAACUCUUUGCAGCAAAGAAGCAAGUCACCUGUACCAUGUUGGUGUUUUUGUUCCACACGUCUUCUCUUUUCCUGUUUCAUAUCACCUGAUUGAUAUCUCCUGUUUCUUCCUCCUUCCUGUCUAUUUGUAGUUUUCAUUGCAACUAUCUCAUUCACGUUGACUACUCCCUGUGGUAGCGAGAUACACACUUUCACCACUCUUGAGGUAAAUACAUUUCUCCUGAAUUCCAUUUGGAUUUAUUAGCAACUGUCAGAACAAGUCUGAGUCAAGAUUGGGAAAUAGACAGACUCACACCUUUAAGGCAUCCUCUGAGCUGAGAUGUCACUUUUUUAUAUAAAACCUUAACUUAACUUGAGAAUAGCCUUAAAAGAAGUGCUGGGAUUUACAAAUAUACUGAAACCUGUAACCCAUUCUAAAAGAUGAAAGACUUAACAAUCAAGGUUUGUUAAAUAUAUCAUUUUGCUUGCAUGACACUGUAAUCUUUUGCUAUGAAUUCUGUGUCUUAUGGUCCUACUCUACAAUGACCUGAAGAAGGAUCAGCACUCUGAAAGCUAGUAUCUCCAAAUAAACCUGUUGGACUAUAA